AUGGCGCGGCGACUGCAGGAGGAGCUGGCCGCCUUCUUCUUCGAGUAUGACACGCCGCGGAUGGUGCUGGUGCGCAACAAGAAGGUGGGCGUCAUCUUCCGCCUCAUCCAGCUCGUGGUGCUGGUCUACGUGGUGGGGUGGGUGUUCGUGUUCGAGAAGGGCUACCAGACCUCCAGCAGCCUCAUCAGCAGCGUGUCAGUGAAGCUCAAGGGUCUGGCUGUCACACAGCUCCCAGGCCUGGGCCCCCAGGUGUGGGACGUGGCCGACUACGUCUUCCCAGCUCAGGGGGACAGCUCCUUUGUGGUCAUGACCAAUUUCAUCGCCACCCCCCAGCAGGUUCAAGGCUACUGUGGAGAGAAUCCAGAAGGGGGCACGUGCACGGACGACAGCAACUGCACCCCAGGGAAGGCGGAGAGGAAGGCCCAAGGCAUCCGCACAGGCAAGUGUGUGUCCUUCAAUGACACGGUGCAGACAUGUGAGAUCUUCGGCUGGUGCCCUGUGGAGGUGGACGAUAAUGUCCCCCGCCCUGCCCUCCUGCGCGAGGCCGAGAACUUCACUCUCUUCAUCAAGAACAGCAUCAGUUUUCCCCGCUUCAAAGUCAACAGGCGCAACCUGGUGGAGGAAGUGGACGCCCGCUACAUGAAGACUUGUCUCUACCACAAGGUCCUGCACCCGCUCUGCCCCGUCUUCAAACUCGGCUACGUGGUCCAGGAAUCAGGCCAGAAUUUCAGCACCCUGGCAGAAAAGGGUGGGGUGGUGGGCAUCACCAUCGACUGGAACUGUGACCUGGACUGGCACGUGCGACACUGCAAACCCAUCUACGAGUUCCACGGGCUGCACGAGGGCAAAAGCCUGUCUCAGGGCUUCAACUUCAGGUUUGCCAGGCACUAUGUGGAGAACAAGACCAACCACCGGCACCUCUUCAAGGUGUUUGGGAUCCGCUUCGACAUCCUGGUGGAUGGCAAGGCUGGCAAGUUUGACAUCAUCCCCACCAUGACCACCAUUGGCUCUGGGAUUGGCAUCUUUGGGGUGGCCACCGUUCUCUGUGACCUGCUGCUGCUCCACAUCCUGCCCAAGAGGGAUUACUAUAAGCAGAAGAAGUUCAAGUAUGCAGAGGACAUGGGACCUGAGGCGGGUGAACGUGAUCCUGGGGCCACCAGCUCCACCCUUGGCCUGCAGGAGAACAUGAAGACAUCCUGACCCUGAGCCCCUAUCUCCUGACUGCACAGCCAGAGGCUUCCGUUGCUGAGUGGAGGCGAGAGGCUAGAGGACAACAUGGAAUGUAUUCAUCAUCACAGAAGCCUCUGGUGGACUGCUUGGCUCAAUCGCUGUUUCUUACCGGUUUGGUCUCCCUGAGGAGCUGGUCCACUGAGCAGGCCCCUGCAAGGCCUUCCUAACAGACUCGCCUGGGAAGACCGUGUGAUCUGCGUGGCUCACAGACCCCUCCUGCCACUUGAAGGACCCCAGUUUAAGAACUGCUCCUGAUGACCCGGCUCAGCCAGGGCCUGUGUCCCUCGGCAGGUGCAGGCGCUGAGCAGGUGUGUGCUGCGCUCCCAGCCACGGCGCCACACACUCACGGCAUGCAGACUCCCUCCCCUCUACACUGUGUGUUUGAACAGCUUGGACCCUGCAAACACAACCAUCUGAACACACCUACACCCGCCGGCACAGACACAUGGUCCAUGUCACAUGGCCUUCUUGGGAAAUGCUGCUCCCCCAGGAGGGUCA